UAAGUUUAUAAGCGACAAUAAACAAGAUGGCCACUCACGGUGCUACCAUGCCGGGUCAUGAUAGAUCUAAAAGACCAACCAAAAGUGAAGAAGACGACGACGAUGACCCGGUUGAAAAACUGUUGAAGAAAGCUGGAUGUCUCGAUCAACAUUAUGCAGUACAGGAGUGUAUGUUUGAUAAUAAAGACUGGACUAAAUGUCAGAAUCAAGUGAAGGAAUUCAGGGAAUGUGUUGAGAGGUCACAGAAGAAGAAAAAAUGACUUUCAUAAACUUGCAGCAGACGGUUACUUUGUGUGUUCUAAUUUGGUCACUGGAAAAACAAGCGGCAUGCUAAGUAUCGUCAUCAUAGUCACUAGUGGUGUUGCUAAUUGAACCAUCUUGACUAAGUCUUCGUCAGUGGCUUGAUGUCCUUACGGAACUUUACAAUUGUCUUUUACUCUUGUAUAACCUGAAUGGUUGUACAUGUAAAACCAUUAGUGUAGUCAUGCUGUUUGAGUGUAAAAAAUAUUUCAAAACAAUUAAAAUGGUAAUGCAUGUAUCCCAUCUUCAUGUGUUGACGAUUUUAAUUUCAGGGAUAUCAGAUUUUUAAAUUAGGGCAGCAUAUGGACCUAUAUAUGUUGUGAUGUAUAUUGUCUGUUCUGUUUCAGGAAAUCAGUUGUAUUGAGAUAAUAUAUUGAAUUUUUUGUUGUUGAAUUUACCAAUAUUUUAUAUGGACAAUUUAUACAAGUAUUCCAUUAAAUAUUUUUCACAGUAA